AUGCCUCGUGGCAAGCACCUCUCGGAUGCGGAGCAAGUCGAAAUCAGCGCUUUCAAAACUGCCGGAUGGUCCAAUCGAGCAAUCGCCAAGCAUCUCAAGAGAUCGAAGAACUGUGCGGAUCAGUUCGUCAACAAUCCUCUCCACUAUCUGGAAUCCCGUAAGGUUGGUGCUCCAUCGAAGCUCAGCGUUCGGGAUAAAAGGAACAUCAGUCGUCAAGCUUCCAAUACCAUGAAAACGUGCAAUGCGAUCAAACGGGGUUUGAACCUCAACGUCUCGAAGACGACAGUCCGGAGAGUCAUUGAUCAGGAUCCGAACAUCAAAAGACAAGUCAUGAGGCCGUGGAGAGCCACCACAAGACUCGACGGCUGGAUUUUGCUCGAAGCAGCAUGGCUUCCGAUUGGAAGACGGUGA